AUGGCAAGAACAGGUCAUUCCACCAACACGACUUCCGGAAGACACAGGAUGCAUCAACCACAGUCUCAGAAGCUCAUGGACAAGGAGAUUUUGGAGUUGAAGAACUACCUUCCUGGGUGGACUGCUGCCAAAAGGAGUGAGAAGCGAGCGUUUUUCACUGCCAUAGCAAGGGUGGCCAGGUUGUUUGCUCCUAAGUUGGACCAAAAACAAUGGAAAAAGAGGAAGCAGGUGUACAAGACUUGGUUGUUCAACAACAAGAAAAAGAAGGAAAGGAAGGACAUGAUCAAGUAUGGGAGGAAAUGGACUCCCAGGAUGGUGGUCUACCAGCAGAAACGCGAAGAGGUGCUGAAGAGGAUUGAGGACGAGUCUGGGGUAAAGCCAGGAGAUCCUGGUAUGUUCAAACAUUAUCAGGCGGCGGUGAAGAGAGUCAUGGCUGAAUUGGAUGACGACGAGUUGGAGAAGGCUAAAGAAACAGCCGAAGAGUGGUCCAACAACUGUCCACCUCUGGAGAUACAAGCACAAGUCGCUCAUAAGAAGGGUCCGGCAUAUAUGGAGCACUUUUCGAACGAGAUGUGGAGGCAAUGUGGGAUGAGAGUGUUUGUGAUGUCGGCUUGGAAGAAUGAAAAGGGUGAGGUGCUGUUCAGGAUGCAUGAUGAUAAUGAGGCCUUAGGAGAUGGGGGCAGCUUCAUGAAGACAAAGGACUGGGAGGACAUUGAGCCAGUGUGGCAGGAGUACGCGCAGGAACAGUUCGGCGCCGGGGCACGGGAUGGAGGACGUCAAGUCAAGGGAGGUCGAAAACGAAUUCGAAAACCAGCCUUCGAACUCGAAAUGGAUGGGGAGGGUAUGCCACUCCUUCCAGACAUCAUCAACACCAAACUUGAGGAGAAGAAGGCCAUGGUGAGGGCCUUUCUUACAUUGCACUAUUGUGAGUUUGUCGUCGCAUUACCUGACAAAUUGUUCAAUGCAUGGACAAAGGGAUAUGCUCCGGGAAGGACAAGGCGGUUGUGCCAUGGAGUGCCAUUGUACAAAGUCAGGAUGACUUCGUGGCCCGGACAUAUCUUCCGGCGGAUGUUGACUUGA